CUGCGGCUGCUGGCGGAACUCAGCGCAGCUCUCUACAACCGUGGCUGCACAUACGAUACUAGCGGUCGUCGCUGCAACGAAUGGAGGCGAGCGGGUGGAAGAGACAUCACUAAGGAAUUAUUUCGCUAUAAAAAUAGCUUUCUCUCGGAUGCAAGGAGGAUUUUAAACCGAAUAUAUUUCAGCGGGCAGGAGAAACGCCACACUUUAUUGUUGAAAACUCCAAUUGCUUCUUUUUUUCUGCCCCAGGAACACAUCGAUUGCUUGCCAUAUAAAAAGGGCGUGUGUGCGGGGGGGAGGCAGUUUUAAUCAUUUAAUGUGGGUAUAUAUGGUAUUUUAGAUAUUUUUAAACCACCUGGGUCUGAAGGACACAGUUGAGGAUGGGAUGCACAUUGAGCACAGAGGACAAGGCGGCGGUGGAGCGCAGUAAAAUGAUCGACAGGAAUCUGCGGGACGACGGGGAGAAGGCAGCCAGGGAGGUCAAGCUGCUGCUGCUCGGUGCUGGAGAAUCAGGGAAGAGUACAAUCGUCAAGCAGAUGAAGAUCAUCCACGAAGCAGGCUACUCAGAAGAGGAAUGUAAGCAGUACAAGGCUGUGGUUUACAGCAACACUAUCCAGUCCAUCAUCGCCAUCAUCAGAGCCAUGGGGCGCCUCAAGAUCGACUUUGGUGACGCUGCAAGAGCGGAUGAUGCACGCCAGCUGUUUGUGCUGGCGGGAUCAGCAGAGGAAGGCUUCAUGACAGCAGAGCUGGCCGGUGUCAUUAAGCGGCUGUGGAAGGAUGGAGGUGUUCAAGCCUGCUUCAGCCGGUCCCGUGAAUAUCAGCUCAACGACUCAGCAGCAUACUACUUGAACGAUUUGGACAGGAUAUCUCAGGCCACCUACAUCCCAACUCAGCAGGAUGUCCUGAGGACUCGAGUCAAAACCACAGGCAUUGUGGAGACACACUUCACAUUCAAGGACCUGCACUUCAAAAUGUUCGAUGUUGGUGGUCAGCGAUCGGAGAGGAAGAAGUGGAUCCAUUGCUUUGAGGGUGUGACUGCCAUUAUCUUCUGUGUGGCCCUCAGUGACUACGACCUGGUUUUGGCUGAGGACGAGGAGAUGAACCGAAUGCAUGAGAGUAUGAAGCUGUUUGACAGCAUCUGCAACAACAAGUGGUUUACAGACACCUCCAUCAUCCUCUUCCUCAACAAGAAGGACCUGUUUGAGGAGAAGAUCAAGAAGAGUCCACUCACCAUCUGCUACCCAGAAUAUGCUGGCUCCAACACUUACGAGGAAGCAGCCGCCUACAUCCAGUGUCAGUUCGAGGACCUGAACAAAAGGAAGGACACCAAGGAGAUUUACACCCACUUCACCUGCGCCACAGACACCAAGAAUGUGCAGUUUGUCUUCGACGCUGUCACCGAUGUCAUCAUCAAGAACAACCUGAAAGACUGCGGUCUCUUCUGAGGAUCAUGACGAUGAAGACAGCAACCCUUUUUCAUGGCAGUGGAGCCAGCUUAUUGUGCAUCUUUGGUGGGGAAGAUGAGAGGAGUCGGGAGGAUCAGUCAGACCAGUGCUGUACUAUAUGCCACUAUUAACAGCUUUAUUUAUGUUUUGUCUUGAACAUUUUGAACUAGCGUUACAUUUGUGUAGGAUGUUUGUAUCAUUGUAAAAGCGUUGCAGCAAACUUUCACUUUUUGUUUUUAAUUUCCCUUUUUCUUUUCGUCUUUCGUUUUUGUGGACAAAGAGAUCACAUUUAUGCUGUUUCUUCCGCUGCUGUAUCUGGAAAUGGAAACUUUGGUGUUGGUGGAAAUGCUUCUUUUCUUCCUUCCCUACAAUGAAAAGGGAAGAAAAGGGGUACAACUUUGAGUUCAGUUUGCUGGUACUUGUGCCUUCGCAUGCCUUUUACUGCAGUCGUAGUCCCAAUGCUUGUUCUGUUGCCUGCUGAAUUGUUCUAAACAUAAAGAGGUAAACUGUUUUUCAUAUGUUAGUGUCCCUGCUAUCUUCUAUGUGCACCCCACUGAGCUUUUGGGAAGAGGAGGAUUUCCCUCUGGUCUAAAGGUACAUGGGUCUCCAUGGUGACCAACAUGUAGCCUCCACAAUCCCCUACCCCCAAGACCCCACCUGCCAUAACAGUGGAAGGCCUCACUGGCCGAUCAUGCUGAGAUGUAUAUUGUUACAUUUACCGCACAAACCUGGGGUUCUGAUUUUUAAACAGUGUAUAAACUAUCCAUUGUUUCCAGUCCUUUGGAUAAAGGUUAGUUGAGGCACAGAGCUUAUAAUUUGCUCAAGGUUAAAAGUACAAAUAUCAGAGUAGGCACACUUUACUGUACAUUUUAAUGUAUUAGGAGGAGAGCUUAUGGAGUUUUUGGUGUUACGGAGAGAGAAACUGAAGAUGGUUGGAAAUGUUUUAAGGUUUAAACGUCCUUCUUGGAUCUCAUCCAGUGAUGAUACGAGAGGGGAGGCGCUGCUUGAAGAUCCGUAAAGCCUUUCAUCAGGCGCUGGAAACAGUGAUGGUCAAGGGAACCUGGUCUGUAAUUGUUAGAUCAGUACUACUUUGCCAAGAAGAGCAAUGAUAUGUACGGUCCUGGAUCUAUUCAUAUAAAGAAACUGCCACAACUGUCAGUGUAUGUGUAUGUUCUCCACAGAAGGAGAAUCUUUGUAGACUCAUCUCCCUUAUUUUGCUAAUAAAAACCAUUUACAAAUCA